AUGGCACUGACAUUUAUUAUUAUAUGUCUGUUACUGUUCAAUUAUAAUCCAACCGCUGCCCAGUCAAAUGCCAACUUUACUGGAACAUCACAGUUUAUUCAAACCAUUGAUUCUGCCAUGAACGAGUUAGCUCAAGACACAAGCUUCUCUUCCUAUGUCAGUAACAAUCAUCCAUUCAGUGUUCCAACAUGUUUAGGUAAAGUCAACUAUCCAUCUAAUCCAUUCCCAUCCACAAUGACAGAAAUUAUCUAUUGUACUCAUAUUCUUCCAGUAGAUGAGGAUAUUUGGUCUCGUCUCUAUAAGAAAGUAGGCGAUGGAUUGACAGCAAAGAUCAAUGCAAAGUAUAAAUUGAAUUUAAAGGCUAAAUACAUUGGAAUUUAUACUUCCUAA